AUGGCGGACUUUCGGAUAUCUCAGCUUGCAGUACCGUUAGUGGUGCUGUUGAUAGCAUUCCUUUCUUAUAGCUCGCAAUAUUUAUUUCUCCAUAUCGAUCCUGCACCUCUCGAUACAUCGGAGCUGGUGAAAUUCAACUUCCUGGUAGCAUGUAUAUGGAUAUGCUAUGUUCGGUCAUGCCUGACAGAUCCCGGGAGGAUUCCAAAAGACUGGCGACCGCCUCCUCCUCGCUCAGAUACACUGAUGGAGAAGCGUCCUGGUGAUGAUGGUGGCGAUCCUGGUUCCCGUCAGCGAUGGUGCAGGAGAUGCGAGGCCUAUAAACCUCCAAGAUCCCAUCACUGUAAGACUUGUCAACGAUGCAUUCCUAAAAUGGAUCACCAUUGCCCAUGGACAAACAACUGUGUUUCACAUUUCACAUUCCCACAUUUCAUCCGUUUUCUGUUUUAUGCCGUUGCUUCAAUGAUAUACCUGGAGCGUUUCCUCUAUACCCGCCUGGUUGUUAUAUGGAAUAACCGGGGACUUCCGAGUUAUUAUGGCCCGUCUCUAUUUCAGCUUGGGCAUCUCUUUGUGCUCGCAAUUGUCAACUCUGUGGUUCUCCUUGCACUGUUGAUUCUAUUUUUGAGAAACAUAUGGAUGUUAGGUGCAAAUGAGACUACUAUUGAGGGAUGGGAAAUAGAAAGACAUAAGACACUAUGCCGACGAGCACGAGCCCUUGGCGGUUACCUCGAUGGUCCGGACGGUGUCAAAGUCCGCAUUCGAAGGCAGGAGUUUCCAUAUGAUAUUGGUAUAUGGAAUAAUAUUAGAGAUGGAAUGGGUGGAAGCAGCAAUAUACUUGGCUGGUUUUGGCCUUUCUCUCAGACACCAAAACGAAGCACAGGGCUGGAGUUUGAAGUUAACGGGUUUGAAGAUGAAUAUGUCAAUUGGCCCCCGCCAGAUCCCGAUAGAAUGGCACGCGGUGUGCAUCGGUCUCAAGAAGAUAAUACAAUGCUCUUUGGUGAGAACCGAAACUUCAACUCUGAGGAAAUUGAUGCCUUCCGACAGCGGCAGGACGCAGACUAUUUGCGCCGGCAAGUCGAGUCUGAUGUUCGCCGCCGGAAACCCUUCAAUAAAAGAUAUACAAACAGGGGAGAUGAUGCACAGUUGUUGAAUACCUCUGACUCGGAAGACGAGGAACUAUCUAAUAGUGGAGAAGAGGGCUGGAGAAAUUCAGAGGGUGAACGGCUAGGUGACUUUGGAGUCGAUGAAGAGGUAGAAUUUUAUGACGAAGAUGAUAUACCGCUUGCAACGUUGAUUCAGCGAAGAAAACUCCAUUCGCAAUGA